UUUUUUUUAAUUUAUUUAUGUAAUAUAAAAAUAAAUGACACAUGUGUUUAAUUUUAAUGCCCUUGUGUGUGCCACAUAAGUGCCACAUAAGAGGAUGGCUCCUUAAUAAAAACAAUCCACAUGCUCUAUAGAAAAACCGAGAUCCGAUAUUAGAUUUUCUAAGUUGACUUUUAGAAAGCAACAGCGAUCAACGCUCUUGUGAUGGCGUCCCUGGCGACUCUCCUCCUUCCCAUCUCUGAAACCCCAACAUUGAAAUCGAAAACAAUUUCUUGGCGACUCGUCAAUUUCUCAUCUCUGUCUGAAAACAUGUCUUUUUCAGGGCAUUGGUCUCAGUUCAUACUGCCCAGGACACUCCAAAUCUCCUCUACUCGAUCAACUGCUGUCCAGAGUUCCUCCCAAACCCAGAUUUCUCCUGGAACUGAGUCAACUCAACCAUCUGACAUCCCGCUUAUUUCUAGCUCAGAGGCAAUCAAGAGACUAAGAGAGUUCCGGGAAAGUUAUGAGAGUAAGCAGCAAUAUUUGGCUAUGUACUCUAGUAUUUUUGGGGGAAUUACAACUGAUCCAGCAGCUAUGGUGAUCCCUUUGGACGAUCACAUGGUCCACAGAGGGCAUGGAGUUUUUGAUACUGCAGCCAUUUUUGAUGGGUCAGUAUUCACUUACCCUCAUCAUUUUGUGGUUUUUGAUUUUUCUAAUUCAUGCAUUUCUGACAUUGAUGUUGGUACGAAAUACGUUUACGAACUGGAUCAACACUUGGACCGUUUCCUUCACUCAGCAUCAAUGGCCAGAAUAACUCCCCCUUUCGACAAACAAACCAUCCGCAAAAUCCUCAUAAAAACAAUAAGCACCUCAAAGUGUCGUGAGGGCUCGUUGAGGUACUGGCUAUCGUCUGGGCCCGGCGACUUCCUUCUGUCCCCGUCCAGCUGUCACUGCCCAACCCUCUACGCCAUCAUAAUGUGUGGGACCACCCAAAGCCACAGCCAGAGGGGCAUUAAGGUAAUUACAUCCUCAAUCCCCAUUAAGUCCCCGCAAUUUGCAGUGAUGAAGAGUGUGAACUACCUACCCAACGUGCUCACAAAGAUGGAGGCUGAAGAUCGUGAGGCAUAUGCAGGGAUUUGGUUGGAUGAAAGGGGUUAUGUGGCUGAGGGACCCAACAUGAAUGUGGCCUUUGUGACGGAAGCUCGGGAGUUGUUAAUGCCGAGAUUUGACCGCAUUCUCAGUGGGUGCACGGCGAAGAGAGUUUUGGAGCUGGCGAAGGGGUUGGUGGGGGAGGGGAUGAUCGAGGGGGUUCGGGUGGAUGACGUGGCGGUGGAGGAAGGGAGGAAGGCGCAAGAGAUGAUGCUUAUUGGGAGCGGGACCUACGUGCGUCCGGUGGUGCAGUGGGACGACCAAGUCAUCGGUGAUGGUGAGGAAUUCGGGAAUGAAGGUCCAGUGACUCUAGCUCUGCUAAAGCUUUUGUUGGAAGACAUGAGAUCUGGGCCGGACACAGUAAGAAUUCCAAUUCCUUAUUAAGUUAUUACCAUCCUUUUGUAUAAUUUGAAGUGGCUAAGGACAGUGGCUUAAAAAACAAAUGAAGCUAGCUUAAGAUGCUCAUGUUAUUAAAUAAUUUGUGAAUUCCAAGAAUAAAAAUUGUGUAUUGAAAAUGUAAUUUAAGGACCAUAUUGAUUUUCUGCUAUUAUUUAUUCACUUUAUCCCUCUUUACCAA